AUGACUCUCUCUCUCUCUCUCUCUCUCUUUCUCUAUAAGUAUAUGGCUAAGGUCAUCCUGGGUGUAGAUCAAAGAAAAUGGCUAGCAUUCCACGAGUGCCGAUUGGCUCGUCUACGCUACCUCUUCUGGGCUUUGGGACGGCCGUAUUUCCGUUUGCUGCAUCAGAAACCAUGAAAGAAUCCAUUCUCCAUGCCAUCAAACUGGGCUACAGACACAUCGACGCCGCUUCUGUUUACAACUCGGAGCAGCCCCUGGGUGAAGCCAUUACCGAAGCCUUAGGCCUUGGCCUAAUCAAAUCAAGGGAAGAGCUAUUCGUCACCUCAAAGCUUUGGUGCUCCGAUGCCCAUCCUCACCUAGUCCUCCCUGCACUCAGCAAAACUCUCAAGAAUCUUGGGUUGGAAUACCUUGAUCUCUACCUCGUUCAUUUUCCGGUGAGCUUGAAGCCAGGGAGUUAUGUGGUUCCUUUCGAUAAAACGGAGCUGCUUCCCAUGGAUUUCAAGUCCGUCUGGGAAGCCAUGGAGGUAUGUCAUAGCCUCGGCCUCGCAAAAUCCAUAGGAGUAAGCAACUUCUCUUGCAAGAAGCUUCAGGACUUGCUCGCCACCGCUAAGAUUCCUCCGGCUGUCAAUCAGGUGGAGAUGAGUCCGCGAUGGCAGCAGAAGAAGCUGAGGGAGUUCUGCAAGGGAAAGAAUAUCCAUGUGACAGCAUACUCUCCUUUAGGGGGCAGAGGAACUGUGUGGGGAACUAACGAAGUCCUUGGUUCUAAGAUUCUGCAAGAGAUUGCUCAGGCGAAAGGAAAAACAGUUGCUCAGAUUUGUUUGAGGUGGGUUUUGGAGCAAGGAGCGAGUGUUGUUGUGAAGAGCUUUAACGAGGAGAGGAUAAAAGAAAACAUGGAGAUAUUGGACUGGGAAUUAAGCUCUGAAGAGUCCCAAAAGAUUGAUCAACUUGAACAGCAGAAAGGGUUUCCGGGGGACAUGUUUGUGUGGGAGGAAGGCCCCUACAAAUCUAUAGAGGAGUUUUGGGACGGAGAAAUCUAGUGGAGCAACGUCUGUCUUUUCCCUCUUGUUUUGUAAUAAAAUGCCACUGCAACAACUUGAGUUCUAUGUUUUUUUCUGUUAUUUGCAAUGAAUAAUUCAACACCCAA